UGGCGCCUGCAGUCGCCGCGUGCCUGGGGUCGGACAUUAGUCGAGCGGCCCUGCGGAUGCCGACUAGGGGAGGGGGGCCGAACUAACUUAACCCGAGUCUGUAGUGUGCAGAAUCGGCGCCGGGGGUUGUUUAACCCGACCUCGUCCUGCCGCAGAGCCGUGCCGGGCCCUGAAGCUGGGACAGGCCCGGCCUCGGCCGCGAGCCCGUGGACGCCCAGCUCAGGACCCUCAGGCCUCUGCCUGUGCCUGGAGGAGAGCAUGGAAGAGCAGGAUGAGAAGCCCCCAGAGCCCCUGAAGACCUGUGCACAGGACUCUCUCCUUCCUCCAGAGAUUAUCGUCAAGGUCGAGAGAGAAGAUGCUGGGUCACUGGCCCUUCCAUCCCAGGAAGGAGUGAACUUCAAAAUUGUGACUGUGGACUUCACUCAGAAGGAAGAGGGCACUUUGAACCCUAAUCAGAGGUGUGAUCCUAGAGAUGUGAUCCUAGAGAACUACAGGGACCUGGUCUCUUGGGACUUGGCAACGGCACUUGGAAGAAGAGAAUCAACAUCAAAGCAGAACAUUUUUGAUGAUGAACCAUCCCGUGGAGUGAAGGUAGAAAGGUUGACAAGAGAUGAUCCUUGGUUAUCUUCGUGUGAAGAAGUUCAGGAUUGUAAGGACCAGUUUGAAAAGCAACAGGAGAAACAAGAGAGACUUUUGAAAGAAAUGGCAUUUACUCACAGGAAAGCGAUUACUUAUGAGAGAGUCCAUAAAAGUGAUGAACUUGAAGAGAAAAGUGGUCUGAAUUCCAGUCUUUUUUCACCCCAGAUGAUACCCAUAAGAAACCAUUUUCAUAAACAUGCCUCACAUGUUAAAAAAUUGCAUUAUAAUUCCAUUGUAAACACUAAUGAGACGAUUAAUGACAGUGAGAAACUCUGUGAGAAUAAUGAAUGUGGAAACCCUCGCCAGAACAUUCACCUUAUUCAGUUUACAAGAACUCAAACAGAAGAUAAAUCCUAUGGAUUUAGUGACAGUAUUCAAUCUUUUAGCCAUGAUGUACCCCUAAAUAUACAUCAGAAAAUACACGCAAGAGGGAGAUCCUUAGAUUUUAAGGAAUGUGGGCAAGUUUUGAACCACAGUAUAUCCCGUAAUGAACAACAGAGAAUACCUGUUGAAGAGAGUCAAUAUAACUGUAGUCAAACCUCCCAGAGUUCUCUUGCUCAAAACAUGAGAAACCAUUCUGAAGAGAAACCCUUUGAAUGUAAUCAGUGUGGGAAAUCCUUCAGCUGGAGUUCUCAUCUUGUUGCACAUCAGAGAACUCACACCGGGGAGAAACCUUAUGAAUGUAAUGAGUGUGGGAAAUCCUUCAGCCGGAGUUCUCAUCUUGUUUCUCACCAGAGAACUCAUACUGGAGAGAAACCUUACAGAUGUAAUCAGUGUGGGAAAUCUUUUAGCCAGAGCUAUGUUCUUGUGGUGCAUCAGAGAACUCAUACUGGAGAGAAGCCCUAUGAGUGCAACCAGUGUGGGAAAUCGUUCAGGCAGAGCUAUAAACUUAUUGCCCAUCAAAGAACUCACACUGGAGAGAAGCCCUACGAAUGCAAUCAAUGUGGGAAAUCCUUUAUCCAGAGCUAUAAACUUAUUGCACAUCAAAGAAUUCAUACUGGAGAGAAGCCCUACGAGUGCAAUCAGUGUGGAAAGUCCUUUAGUCAGAGUUACAAACUUGUCGCCCAUCAGAGAACUCACACAGGAGAAAAACCCUUUGAAUGUAAUCAGUGUGGAAAAUCCUUCAGCUGGAGCUCUCAGCUUGUUGCACAUCAGAGAACUCAUACUGGAGAGAAACCCUAUGAAUGUAAUGAGUGUGGAAAAUCUUUCAACCGCAGUUCUCACCUUGUUAUGCAUCAGAGAACUCAUACCGGAGAAAAACCCUAUGAAUGUAACCAGUGUGGGAAGUCCUUUAGCCAGAGUUAUGUUCUUGUUGUGCAUCAGAGAACUCAUACUGGAGAAAAGCCCUAUGAGUGCAAUCAGUGUGGAAAGUCCUUCAGGCAGAGUUCAUGCCUUACUCAACAUCAAAGAACUCAUACUGGAGAGAAACCUUAUGAAUGUAAUCAGUGUGGGAAAACAUUCAGCUUGAGUGCUCGACUUAUUGUACAUCAAAGAACUCAUACUGGAGAAAAGCCCUUUACAUGUAAUCAGUGUGGGAAGGCUUUCAUUAAUAGUUCUAAACUUAUUAGGCAUCAGGCAACUCAUACUGAGGAGAAACCCUAUGAAUGUAACUAGUUUGGAAAUCUUUCAGCCAGAGUAUAUUUCUUUUUUUUUUUUUCCUUUUUCUUGCAUUUCUUUCUCCUUUCUUCCUUCUUUCUUUUCCUUCUUUUUUUUUUUUUUUUCUUUUCUCCUCUUUUCUUUCAAAUGUUAACCUUCUCUUAUUGUGUAUCUGGAAGUUCGUUCUGGAGAAGAAAGAAAAACAAUGAAUCACAUAUUUACUUCAACAAUUUUCUAUUAAAAAAUCAAACUUGGCCCUUAUGACACAUUGCCACAUAAGUAAUAAAUAUUGGCACUUUUCCUUGCAGAAAGCACUCUGACCGGAAUCUGAGGAAAUUACCAUGAAAUGGACAACUUACUGUGCAGUGAUUGCGAGUGAGGUAGACCUCUUUAACAAUAAAGAGUGAGAAUGCAAACACUGGUGGGCUUGUUGAGAAGAUUGGAAAAUUGCUAUAGUUAUUGGAACCUAGGCUGGGAAACGGUAUUUCAGUACCAUUUUAUGACAUGAUUUCCCCAGUAGCUACUUUGUAAUCUCUUUUAUUCAGCACUUUCUAUUAUAUGUGAAGAUUUCAUAAAGAUAGGAAAAUGGCUAUGAUAUGAAGUGAAAAAAAAAAAAGCAGGCCAAGAGUAUAGAACAGCAAUUUCCAGAACCAUUGUGAUACUUGUGUAUGGAUCAGAAUUGAAAGGGUUUCUGGGUGUAUCUAUUUGAUUUUUAGGUUUAUGCCUGGCUUUCUCUUUUGGAAUGUGUGCUGUUUUACUAUAGUAAGUAAUAUGAGAAGUAAAAAUUAGACAAAAACAAAAACUAAACCAAAGAUUUCCAUCUUUGACCAUUUAGGAAAGACUAGGUUGCUAGAUAAGAGAUCCCUCAGGGUUCUGAGAUUUCCAUUUGGAUUAGUUUGAGUAGGUCACUCCUUCGGACUUAGAUUCCCAGGGAUUUUCCUCAUUGAAAAUAUUUCCCUGAGAAUGGGGAACUUGAAAUUUAGGCCAGAAGGGGUUCUAUAUGAAAGAUUGAGGAUAUGCAGGCUGUGUAGAGGGCAUAUUUUUAUAUUUACAAAGUAGUAUAAAGGAGCUCUAUUUUUAAGGUUCUGCCUUCCCCCAUGUAGUCUUUUUUUCCCCCCUCUGGAAUAUGUUUCCUAAUGUGAGAGUUUUCUGAGUGAGAGAGCAUUGUCAUGGCUAAGUGCUCAUCACCUAAAUUAAGCUUGCAAGAAUGAUUUUAGGUAAGAUUUGUAGCUAUUUGUUGGUUUCUAAGAUGCGGUUCAUAUGUCUUUCUGGCCUUUGCCCCUAAAUCAUAAAUUCUAAUCCUAUGGAUUAUCACGGACCUGAAACCUUUGAUCCUAGAGAGGUAAUAAAAAGUAAGCUCAGAGCUGAAAUGGGAGACCAGAGAACAGAGCUGAAUUCCCUGGAGGAAGAAAGAGAAACCAAAAGUGACAUCUGGGGGCACCCGGGUGGCUCAGUCGGUUAAGCGGCUGCCUU